AGCGCAAAGCGCGAAACUCUAGGGCUACGCGAACAAGAAACCUAUUCGCAUGUGCUGAUCGAGAAGGGAAAGGCCUUUAUCACGAUGAUUUUUACUAGUAACUCAUAAUUCCCUCGCCUUAGGUGAAUGAGGGUGAACCGCAGUUUAAGGCUACUAUGCGCUACGACAGUUGGGUCGGGUCGGAGUCGGACAGCGAUAUACUUCACCACAGACAUUCCGUCCUGAUUGCAUUACAAGCCGGGGACCCUGAACGAGAAUAUGUUCCAGCGACCAUCACCCAAGUACCUGUCGACAUGUAUAUCUCACAUGCUCCGAUAAACCCAAACCCAUGACUGCAAUGAUCAAUCUUGAUCUUAUCUAGGUCAGUAAACAGGUAAGGCCAUCUUAAUCAGUGUAUCGUCGUCGUCUCCGAUGUCAAUGUGCUCCAGUGUUCGAUUCGAAUAAGGAUAGCAUAUUGCUCAGGAUGACCGGUGUU